CGGCUCCAAGUUCCCGGUUUUCAGCAUGAGCUACAACCCAGCUGAGAACGCCGUCCUGCUCUGCACCGGCAACAACGUUUACUGCCUGGACCGCGAGUGCCGGCCCCGCGUGCUCACCAUCGACCCCACCGAGUUCCGCUUCAAACUCGCCCUCAUCAACAGGAAAUACGACGAGGUGCUGCACAUGGUGCGCAACGCCAAGCUGGUGGGCCAGUCCAUCAUCGCCUACCUGCAGCGCAAGGGCUACCCCGAGGUGGCGCUGCACUUCGUCAAGGACGAGAAAACGCGCUUCAGCCUGGCCCUCGAGUGCGGCAACAUCGAGAUCGCCCUGGAAGCAGCCAAGGCCCUGGACGACAAGAGCUGCUGGGAGAAGCUCGGGGAGGUGGCGCUGCUGCAGGGGAACCACCAGGUGGUGGAGAUGUGCUACCAGCGCACCAAGAACUUCGACCGCCUCUCCUUCCUCUACCUCAUCACCGGCAACCUGGAGAAGCUGCGCAAGAUGAUGAAGAUCGCGGAGAUCCGGAAGGACAUGAGCGGGCACUACCAGAACGCGCUGUACCUGGGGGACGUGGCCGAGAGGGUGCGGAUCCUGCGGAACUGCGGCCAGAAGUCCCUGGCGUUCCUGACGGCCGCCACGCACGGGCUGGACGAGGAGGCCGAGAGCCUGNGAUCCCAAAUAAAAAGGUGGCCAUUCCCAGUAUUUCCCGUUGUUUUUCCAGAGUCCCUGGCGUUCCUGACGGCCGCCACGCACGGGCUGGACGAGGAGGCCGAGAGCCUGCGGGAAUCCUUCGAUCCCGAGAAGGAGACGGCGCAGCAGCUGGUCGCCAUUUGCCGGGAAUACAUCGUGGGCUUGUCCAUGGAGAUCGAGAGGAAGAAACUGCCCAAGGAGACGCUGGAGCAGCAGAAGAGAAUCUGUGAGAUGGCCGCCUACUUCACGCACUCCAACCUGCAGCCGGUGCACAUGAUCCUGGUGCUCCGCACCGCCCUCAACCUCUUCUUCAAGCUCAAGAACUUCAAAAGCGCCGCCACCUUCGCCCGGCGCCUGCUCGAGCUUGGCCCCAAGCCCGAGGUGGCCCAGCAGACGCGGAAGAUCCUGGCGGCGUGCGAGAAGAACCCCAUCGACAGCCACCAGCUCAACUACGACCAGCACAACCCCUUCNGGGAAUGGGAUCAGGGGAAUGGGAUCAGUUCUGGGAUUGGAGUUCCUGGAAUUCAGAGUGGCUGUCCAGCUGGGGACGAACCCCACAAUCCUGGAGCUCUCCCUCACCCUCACAAAUCCCAAAAUUCCCCAAAAUCCCACCCCGAGCUGCCACAGCGCAAGGUCAGGAUGAGAUUUUCCCCUCACGGAAUCCUUUCCCAAGGGUCUUUCCCUGUUUUAUUUUUAGGGAAAGGAGGAGCCCUGGCCGCCGACAUCGACAUCGACACCGUGGGCACCGAGGGCUGGGGCGAGGACGCCGAGCUGCAGCUGGAUGAAGACGGAUUCGUGGAUGCCGGGGAAGGAUUCGGAGAGGAAGGAGCGGGAAAAGGGCAGGAGGAAGGAGGAGGAUGGGAGGUGGAGGAAGAUUUGGAUCUUCCCCCUGAGCUGGAUGUCCCCGCCGGCCCCGCAGGAACGGCUGAGGACGGAUUCUUUGUGCCUCCCACCAAAGGCACCAGCCCAGCCCAGGUGUGGUGCAACAAUUCCCAGCUCCCCGUGGAUCACAUCCUGGCGGGAUCCUUUGAGACAGCCAUGAGGCUGCUCCACGACCAGGUGGGGGUGACCAACUUCGGGCCCUACAAGCAGCUUUUCCUGCAGACCUUCUCCCGGGGCAGGACGACGUUCCAGGCGCUCCCCAGCCUCCCCGCCAUGUACGGAUUCCCACACCGCAACUGGAAGGAGGCCGGGCUGAAGAACGCGCUGCCGGCCGUGGGGCUGAAGCUGAACGAUCUGAUCCAGCGGCUGCAGCUCUGCUACCAGCUCACCACGGCCGGCAAGUUCGAGGAGGCCGUGGAGAAAUUCCGGCUGAUCCUGCUCAGCGUGCCCCUGCUGGUGGUGGACAACAAGCAGGAGAUCGCCGAGGUCAGGGGGGGCUGCGGCCCGGUGGGAUUUGUGAGGGAAAAAUGUGGGAUUGCUGAGGGGGAAAU